CUCUCCACCCUGGCCGACGGCUCUGUCCAAAAUUUUCUCACUGUCCCUCCAUUCGUCUCUCUCUCUCUCUCUAGAUCACAGUCUCCGUCUCUGGAGGAAGCAUUGCAAGCAUUCCCUCUGACAAUUCGCCAAGAUCUCGCGCUUGUUCUACGAUCUAGAUAGGGGAAUUAAGAUAGAAGAGACUGCAAGAAAGGAAAAAUCGAAAUCGAAGGAGUGGGUGGAUCUGAGUGGAGAUGGCGUUGUCAGGGAUGAGAGGCCUCUCCGUCUUCAUCAGCGACAUCCGCAAUUGCCAGAACAAAGAGCAGGAACGCCUCCGCGUCGACAAAGAACUCGGCAACGUCCGUAACCGUUUCAAAAAUGAAAAGGGUUUGACGCCUUAUGAAAAGAAGAAAUAUGUUUGGAAAAUGCUUUACAUCUAUAUGCUAGGUUAUGAUGUAGAUUUUGGUCACAUGGAAGCUGUUUCCUUAAUAUCUGCACCAAAGUACCCAGAAAAGCAGGUUGGGUACAUAGUGACAUCAUGUUUGCUCAAUGAGAAUCAUGAUUUUCUGAGAUUAGCAAUUAAUGCAGUCCGCAAUGAUAUUGUUGGAAGGAAUGAAACUUUUCAAUGCCUAGCAUUAACUCUGGUUGGAAAUAUUGGUGGGAGAGAUUUUGCAGAAUCAUUAGCACCAGAUGUUCAGAAGUUACUUAUUUCAAGUAGUUGCAGACCCCUUGUCAGAAAGAAGGCAGCCUUAUGUCUCCUUCGCCUGUACAGGAAAAAUCCUGAUGUAGUCAAUAUAGAUGGCUGGUCAGAUCGGAUGGCACAGCUGUUAGAUGAACGUGACCUUGGUGUUUUGACAUCUUCUAUGAGCCUUCUUGUUGCUUUAGUGGCAAAUAACCAUGAAGCCUAUUGGAGUUGUCUUCCAAAGUGUGUGAAAAUAUUGGAAAGGCUUGCUAGGAAUCAGGAUGUUCCACAAGAAUACACAUAUUAUGGUAUCCCAUCUCCCUGGCUUCAGGUUAAGACAAUGAGGGCUCUUCAAUAUUUUCCAACAAUAGAAGAUCCAAACACUAGAAGAUCAUUGUUUGAGGUUUUACAGCGGAUACUAAUGGGAACUGAUGUUGUGAAAAAUGUGAACAAAAACAAUGCAUCGCAUGCUGUUCUCUUUGAAGCCCUCGCCCUUGUCAUGCAUCUUGAUGCUGAAAAAGAAAUGAUGUCCCAGUGUGUUGCUUUGCUUGGAAAAUUUAUUGCUGUUCGUGAGCCAAAUAUUCGGUAUCUUGGCUUGGAGAAUAUGACCAGGAUGUUGAUGGUUACAGAUGUUCAGGACAUUAUCAAAAGACACCAAUCCCAGAUCAUCACCUCACUGAAAGAUCCAGAUAUCAGCAUUCGGAGGCGUGCUCUUGAUCUGCUUUAUGGCAUGUGUGAUUUUUCAAAUGCAAAGGACAUAGUCGAAGAAUUAUUACAGUAUCUCAGCACAGCAGACUUUGCAAUGCGUGAAGAAUUGUCACUAAAAGCUGCUAUCCUGGCCGAGAAGUUUGCCCCAGACUUGUCAUGGUAUGUAGAUGUGAUCCUCCAGCUGAUUGAUAAAGCAGGAGAUUUUGUUAGUGAUGACAUUUGGUUUCGGGUUGUCCAGUUUGUUGUGAACAAUGAGGACCUACAGCCUUAUGCUGCAGUGAAAGCUAGGGAAUAUCUUGAUAAGCCUGCCAUACAUGAGACAAUGGUCAAGGUCAGUGCUUAUAUCCUUGGGGAGUACAGCCACCUCCUAGCUAGACGGCCUGGAUGCAGUCCUAAGGAAAUUUUUGGUAUCAUACAUGAGAAACUGCCUACUGUUUCGACCUCUACGAUUCCCAUUCUACUUUCAACAUAUGCUAAGAUUUUAAUGCACACUCAACCUCCAGACCUGGAACUACAGAAUCAAAUUUGGGCAAUUUUCCAAAAAUAUGAGAGUUGUAUUGACGCUGAGAUACAGCAAAGAGCUGUUGAAUACUUCUCAUUGAGUCGGAAAGGUGCAGCUUUAAUGGAUAUAAUGGCUGAAAUGCCUAAAUUCCCUGAACGCAAGUCUGCAUUGAUUAAAAAAGCUGAAGAUACUGAAGCUGAUACUGCUGAACAAAGUGCUAUUAAGCUGAGGUCACAGCAGACCUCUAAUGCUUUGGUAGUGACCGACCAAUGCCCUGCCAAUGGUUCAGCUCCUGUGAAUGAGCUUGGUCUUGUAAAGAUACCUAGCAUGAGCAAUGUGGAUUAUAAUUCAUCAGAUCAAGGGUUGACUCCGGAAAAUGGGGCCCUGAGUGUUGUGGAUCCUCAACCUACUGGGCCUUCACCUGAUCUCCUUGGUGAUCUCAUGGGUCCACUGGCUAUUGAAGGACCUUCUGGUACUUCUGCUCAACCUGAGUAUAAUAUAGUCCCUGGAGCUGAAGUUUCUCCAAUUGCCGAAGAUGCUUUAGCCAUUGCUCCCGUUGGCGAGCAGACAAAUGCUAUCCAGCCAAUAGGAAAUACUGCAGAAAGGUUCCAUGCUUUAUGCCUGAAGGACAGUGGAGUGUUAUACGAGGAUCCUUAUAUUCAAAUUGGCAUUAAAGCUGAGUGGCGAGGCCAUCAUGGCCGACUUGUUCUCUUCUUGGGAAACAAAAACACAGCCCCACUAGUCUCAGUUCAAGCUCUGAUAUUACCUCCCUUUCAUCUGAAGAUGGAGCUCUCACUGGUACCUGAAACAAUUCCUCCACGGGCACAGGUCCAAUGCCCACUUGAAGUCAUCAACCUCCGCCCAAGUAGGGAUAUAGCUGUUCUUGACUUCUCCUACAAGUUUGGAACUCAUGUGGUCAACAUAAAACUUCGCCUUCCUGCUGUCAUGAAUAAAUUUUUCCAGCCUAUAUCAGUGUCUGCUGAAGAGUUUUUCCCACAAUGGAGAUCACUUUCUGGACCACCUUUGAAACUCCAAGAAGUGGUUAGAGGCGUAAGGCCAAUGCCUCUUGUGGAAAUGAUUAACUUAUUUAACAGUUUCCGGCUGGUGAUUUGUCCUGGACUUGAUCCAAAUGCCAAUAAUUUGGUGGCAAGCACGACUUUUUAUUCAGAGAGUACACAAGCCAUGUUGUGCUUGAUGAGAAUUGAAACAGAUCCAGCAGACAGAACACAGCUGCGAAUGACAGUUGCCUCGGGGGAUCCUGCACUAACAUUUGAGUUAAAGGAGUUCAUCAAGGAACAAUUGGUGAGCAUUCCUACAAUUCCCCGGGCACCUGCACCACCGCCUCCACAAGCUCAGCCUACAAGUCCUCCAACAUCGAUGUCAGAUCCUGGCGCAAUGCUUGCCGGUUUGCUUCACUAAGGUGGAUGCGGCGAUCAAGUGAACAAAUUUUCUUAACACCACCUGUAAAACUGAUCAUACAGUCUUCCACCCGUUACCAUGCCCAUACCAAGAGGUGAGCGUAAGAAACUAAUACAAUGCAGGGGCUGGCGGGCUUAAAAUGGCAAGCAUAAUAUGUGCAAAGCUUUAGCAUUAUCAGUUGGUUUUCUAUUGGGCAACGGGUCAGGCCUUCAAGCUGCAUAGUGCCAUUCUUUGUGCACAAUCUCAUAUCCUGCAGUUUGUUUUAUCGUUGGAUGAGGGUUGUUUUUCUUCUUCUUCUUCUUCUUCUUCUUCUUCUUCUUCUUCUAUAGUUGUUUUUUAUUUGUUUCUAGUGAGGUUUUACUGAAUCGGUUUUUGUAAUAUGAAACAUAUCAUCAUGAUGCGAGUAGUUUAAUGUAGGGUCAGUUGUAAGAUUCAUUUGUUUGUGGAUACAUAUAUUUAUAUUUUCAAUAAGAGCAAUUUUGGGAGGAAAAAGAAA